GUUUUUUUGUUCGGUGAUUGCUCGGGAGCGGGUGUCGGUGGGCGUUUAUGGGUGGGUGGUCGAGUGCUGGAUCUGCAGGUGGUGAGGUACGGUGUGAAUAGCAGAAGUGUAUGCGAGGGAAUGGAGGAUGCCGAGGAGGAUGACUGGUCAUCGCUGGAUACGGCUCGUGAACCGAGCCCAUCGCAGUCGGACGGUAAUGAAUUCUCCCACAGAUUGCGAGGAGGCUCGCGUUUCGAGUUCGAUCCCCGUCGCGCCGGCAGUGUUCUUGUUGAUUUGAUAACGGGCCGCUACGAGAUAGAUGUAAAGCCAGUGGUCAGUGAGCACUGCGCGAAAGAAAAGGAUGCGAAUUCCAGUUCUUCGGAUACCGAGGCGGAUGAGUUUUAUCGAAAUCACCCGUGUGCUAAUAAUGAGCGUUAG